GCAAAAAUAAGUUUCUUAAUAGAAUUGCUUUCAGAAACGUAAACAUGCAGUGUUGAAAGUUAAAAGGGCAAAAUUUACAGGACGGAUGUAUUAUUUAUUUGUUCCAGUGCGUCUUUAAAGAUGAUCCUUUUGUUUACUCUACAUGUGGGUGUGGGAUGAGAGUGUUGUAUACCCAAAAUUUGCCUGUAUUGUCAUCUGGACGUUGCAGAACUUUUAAAGAUGACUUGGAACCCGCUCCGGAAACAGAAGCUGACGACGAAGCCGUCGCCAGCCAUCCAAGCCAUAGACAGCAAGAGCGAUCAGAAGUUGGAGAGCCUGUUUCUGAAGCUUCAGCAGAGCGAGGAGCUGUCCCGGAAGCUGCAGAAGGACAUGAGGAAGUACCUGGAGGGCGUCGCCAGCUGCUCCAAGCAGGAGCAGCAGAUCACGACGGAGCUGUCCGCCAGCCCGCUGUGCGUGUCCCGGGACGAGCUUCGGCAGGUGGUGGAGGACUACCACUCUGUCACCUCGCAGGUUUCAGACAGCGUGAAGGCCCUCAUCGACUCGUGCCAGAAGACGUUCCAGGAGCCGCUGAAGAAGUACGGCACGGUGUUCCCCGACAUCGACGCCAGGUUCCGGCAGCGUGAGCAGCUGGUGCAGGAGUGGCGCGAGGCGGGCGCACGGGUGCGCAAGUACGAGCUGCGCGAGCGCACGGCCAAGAACUUCGUGAAGUUGGAGCAGGCGCGGCGAGCCUUACAGGCGGCCGCCGCCACGUUGGUCUCCUGCCACGAGGGCCUCCUCUCGGAGCUGAGGGAGUUCACGGCGCGGCGCGCGGCGUACCUGAACCCGUCCGUGCGGGCGCUGGUGCGGGCGCACCUCGAGCAGUACGGGGAGACCACGCGCCUCUUCACGCACCUGUGCCGCUUCCAGGACGCCAAGGGGGCGUCGCCGUCGUCCGCCGUGAUGCCGGAGCGCGAGUUCCAGGCCCUCAUCGACGACAAGAUGGCGCGCAUACAGAGCCUCAUGAUCGUCAAGAAGAAGAAGUGAGACACGUCCGUAGCUUGUUGGUGUCGAGUCUCAAGCAGUGAAUUCUCUCAAGCUGGCGAUACCUUAGCUUCUGAAUUUCAAAAACGAGAAAAUUUGCCCACAUCAAGCAUUCACAUGAUAGCUCAGGAGCUUUUUCUUUUAUUUGUGUUUGAAUUCUUGUUAAGUUGUUUAACAUGACAAAAAAUGUUUUUCAUCUCUCUAGCAUACCAAAUGCACUCUCUCACAACUAAUUGAAUCUUUUAAGUUUUUUUCCUAUCUAAGAAUGGAAACCAAUUUCCUGUCAACAUUUUUGUCCUAAUCUCCCAAGUUUUUGAGCAAACAUAAAGCAUCAUAUUUUCUAUGUGUAGCACCCUUAAAAUAAAACGCUUCAAACUAACAUGAACGCUGUCUCGGUCGAGUCCUAAGUUUGUAAGCAAACGCAAGAAUGAGAAGGCAUUAACAAGGAAUUCUAAGUGGAACAAAGUAUAUUGUUGUUACAAAAAAAAUUAAGAAACAGUACCUGAAAAGAUUUACGAGAGGAUUUGAUUAUUUUUUUACCUUUUUUGCCAUUCUCAGCAAUUUGGUGUGUUUGCUCAUUUUUAUCCUGUGAGGUUUUAACGUUUUAACUCCUGGAGCGAGCUGUUUAUAAAUGUUGAGUCUUUCUAGAGUUAAGAUUCGAAACAAUACUGUUGCCGAGCUAUAUAUAUAUUUUUUUUUUUUUGAGUGGCACAAGUGCUGAGUGUUCACACUGCACUUCUGCGCACACAUGCCGUGCACUAGCGGUGGAGUUUCCAAACUGAAGCUACUGGCUCGCCAGAUAUUGCCCCUGCAAGCACUUGAUCUCAAGCUAUUCACGCCGUGUUUCUUUCUGGUGUCGCAGUUUAUCCAUGGUGCUAUUUGAUCUACUUAAUGAGGAAAAUCAAAGAAUGUGUUCUAUUUUACAUUUUAGCUUUGAAGGAGGAGGAUAAAAUCUGGAGGCUAGGUGUACCAUUGGUGCAAGUUUUACUCAUGCCCCAGGCAGUGAGUGAAGAUCCGGGGGCCUUUUUUUUAUGCCUGUGGCACUGAUAAUAUUCAGUGUUACUUUAGUUAUUCUGGUAAUUGAUGUUACGUAGUAGCUUACAAUUUAAAAGUACUAAUGUGUUAAGAAUGACUGUCCAAGUUUACUUUUACAAUUACGCUUAAGUUCUGUCACAUUAGAUUCCUGCAGCAUCCAAAUGAUUUACAUUUUUAGUCAUGGAUUCCCGUCUGAGAAUAAUUAUUUUUUUUUUUAGUAUUAAAACAAAAUUUGCCAAUAGUAGUAAAUUAUAGCUAAUUGAAAACAAAUUUUUUUUUUUUAUUGAAAUGAAGUGUAUGACAAUAAUUUAAGUGUCUGCAAAUCUUCAUAAGUCACAAAUUAUUAUUUCAUGUAAGAUAUCACUAGUAAAGACAUUAAAUGUGUCAGCUCAAAAAAAAAAAUUUAUUCAAUUUUUGGACCUUAUGGCCAUCACAUAUCACACAACUCAAAUAUUAUAUAAUUUUUGUUUUUGUGUGUUAUUUUAGGGUUUGUUUCUUAAUUCAUGUCACCUGCUAUUUUUAAUGUCUGUACUAGUUUUAUCUGUAUUGUAAACACUUCAUUGCUGUUUUGUCAGUGAAUCAACUGAAGCUUUGAGAAACAAGUUUAUGAAAUAGUAAUUUUUAAUUACAGUAUGAAAUGAUUGAAUAAGUGAUGAUCUGGUUCUUAUGAAGUUUAGGAGUUUUUCAAAGUAAUGUAUGUGUUAGUUGAAAUUUCACUGGUUAUUAUUUAUUCCUUUGAAAUUUGGAAAUUUUGCUAAACUUAUGUAAUUUUAUAACCAAGUUUCUUAUUGCCAUGUAGUGGACUUAUUUAAAACUAAAUUAAUCUACCACUUGAUUUGUAGGAGUUGGUUUGGUAACUAUGUUGUAAAAAUUAACAAAAGUUUAUAUGUAGGGUUUUUUGAUACUAUGUUUAAAGUUUCAUAGAAAAAUGAAUCACUGCAAAGUAAUAAGUGGUUUAUCAAGCGACUUAUAAUUGUUUACUUACUGGCAGCGUUUGUCAUGUUCUGAUGGAGUUUUGUGUGGUGGAACUCGAUGUGGUUGAAGUUAAAGUUACGUUAUUGUUCUGGGCAAUUUUGCUGUGUCAGACUUCACAGAACUUGACUUAUGUACUGGAGAUUAUUGGUUCAUUGGCUGCUCUUUCACCUGAACUCGUUCUUUUGUUUGACUGAACUUUUGGCAUUGUGCCAUUCGAGCAUCGAGUAUGCACACACUGUUGAUGAUCACAUGUUUUGUGACACUUAGAACCAACAUCUAUGUACAUACUUCAAUUACUUAAAUAUAUAGGCCUGUUUGAAUAUUUGAAUUUUCAACUAUGAAAACUAUAAUUCUAGGCUGCCAGGGAAAAAUAGUUUAUGUUGAGUUUGGACUUCUGUUCCUUUCCUCUUGGAAAUCUGAAAACUGUGAUUAAAUCCAUCAAAACCAAUUUUAUUUCGUAAAAACUGUUUACUUAUGAUUUAUACUUCUAACGUCACAUAAGUAGGCUCUUUCUAUUAGCAGACUGUUGACUUAAUACCAUUUUGGCCAUUAUGUGACCUAUACUCUUUCUCCCUAGCAGCCUAGAAUUUCUUGUUCAUAAUUGAUUCAGUUGUAAAGAGGUUCUUACACUUUGAAAUGUAAAUGUUCAUUUCUUUGAAAGUGCACUGAAGCUAUUACACAUCACAUCAUGUUACUAUGAAUAUGGUGGUUCAGAUCUGCUGUGGUACAGUAUAAACAUGUACAUCUCUGUUUCUGUAGCUGUGACUACUCUGACUAUUCUAACAAGGGCACAGUGCACAGUAGAACCUCUUAGUUUCAGACUGGGGGACAUAAUGUAGGGGCCCGAAAAAUUAUCAUCUUGCUAUAGAUGCUUUGUAUGUAUACAUUUUAUAGUUUUGUUUUCUAAGUACGUUUAACCUUUUACGUGAAACACCAUGCACAAGUAUUUGUCAAAAUAUUACUUUACCACCAACAUUAAAACAAAAAUUAAGUGAAAAAAAAAUUCCCCCCUCAUAUUAUUGAAAUUUUAAAAUGUGUAAACACGUUUAUAAAUAAAUUUAAAUGGUGGGCACUAUGUAAUAAAAAUAUUUUAACCUUUAUUUUUAAAAAGUGAAUAUUACUAUGAGAUGUUGGCAAAAGUUUUUAGAGCAAGCUUAAUGUGGCAUUUUUUAUAUUUAUAGUUUGUCAUUAUUUUGAAAGUGGUAAAUGUAGAUAUUGGGGUAGUAUUAUAUUGGUAAUUAAAAAUUCGUAACUAAAUUUGUUUGUGGUAGUGAAUUAAACAUUAUUAAAUCUAACAUAAACCUUUUUAAUACUAAAUAAAAGUGCAAAGUUGACACACAACACAUUUUUUUUUGUAAAUUUCUUUAGUUAUUAGAUAUAAAUAAUUUACAAAUUAUAAACUUGCUUCAGUAAUUUUUGCAACAGAUCAUGAGUAUGAAUUGAUAAAAUAUGCUAGUGCACCUUCAGAUUUGUAUUAAUGAGGUUUACUGCAAAUUGUAGCAAAUGUACUUAUUAAAUUUAUUUUAAAUUACUUGUUUCAUAACUGGUUUGUUUCCGUAUUUAAGCUUAUGCUUAUGGCCAAGGAAUUGAGAAAGGCGUAGAACUGUCCCACAUUAAACCAGCCACCUCAUAAAUAUAAUUUUUGUAAUGUUUACCACAUAGCAAAUGUAUUCAUAUGUACCUACCCAUUACUUUGGCCAAAGUUUGUUGUUUUAAAAUUGCAUUUUGUUAAUGCGCUAUGUAUGAUAUGGUUUUAUAAUAAUGUAUUAUGAUUAUUUAGCUGACAGCAGUGUUUGUACUAAUUAUUGUAUUUAAUUUGCAUAUUAUAGAUAAGUAUUUUUGUUAUGCUAAUACAUAUAUUUAUUUUUGGAAUAAAAUAAACGUAAAUGAUCACUUGCAUUAU